UUUGCACACCCCUUCCCCCUCCUCUGCACUCACCCGCCGCCCCCCGCCCCCCGGCCCCCGCUCCCCGCUUGCCUCUCCUUCCCGGCGCCGAGUUCAGCCUGGCCAGCGGCAUGGGUGAUACGCCAGCGACAGAUGCCGGGCGCCAGGAUCCGCAUCCUUAGGCCAAGCUGAACGCCUGAAGAAGAGAGAAGGAACCGGAGAAGGGCCGGGAAGGCGGGCGUGGAGGUGCGGAGAGCCCCCCCAAAAGGCAGAAGCCCGCGCCCCCACCGGAGAGCUCCGCGCCGGCACAGCGCCCGCCUGCUGCCGCCGCCGCCGGCGCCCCCUCGCUCCAGCCAUGCCGGGCCCGGCCGCCGACGGGGGCCAGGUGCCCUCCUGCCGCGCCGCGGGGGAGACCCGCGCGCGGGGCGAAGGCUCGGGGGGCGGCGGCGGCCGGGGGAGGCCGGGCGCGUGCGGACAGCGGCAGGACAUCGUCUGGAGGAACGUCGUCCUCAUGAGCCUGCUCCACUUGGGGGCCGUGUACUCCCUGGUGCUCAUCCCCAAAGCCAAGCUGCUCACUCUGCUCUGGGCCUACUUCUGCUUCCUCCUGACGGCUCUGGGUGUGACAGCUGGUGCCCAUCGCUUGUGGAGCCACAGGUCCUACAAGGCCAAGCUGCCUCUGAGGAUAUUUCUGGCUGCCGCCAACUCCAUGGCUUUCCAGAACGACAUCUUCGAAUGGUCCAGGGAUCACCGAGUCCACCAUAAGUACUCAGAGACCGACGCUGACCCCCACAAUGCCCGCCGCGGCUUCUUCUUCUCCCAUAUCGGGUGGCUGUUUGUUCGCAAGCAUCGAGAUGUCAUCGAGAAGGGGAGAAAGCUUGACGUCACUGACCUGCUGGCUGAUCCUGUGGUCCGGUUCCAAAGGAAGUACUAUAAGGUCACCGUGGCGCUCAUGUGCUUCCUGGUGCCCACACUGGUGCCCUGGUACCUCUGGGGAGAGAGUCUCUGGAAUUCCUACUUCCUGGCCUCCAUCCUUCGCUAUACCAUCUCACUCAACGUCACCUGGCUGGUCAACAGUGCCGCCCACAUGUAUGGAAACCGACCCUAUGACAAGCACAUCAGUCCUCGGCAGAACCCACUGGUCACUCUUGGCGCCAUUGGUGAAGGCUUCCACAACUACCAUCACACCUUUCCCUUUGACUACUCUGCAAGUGAAUUUGGCCUAAAUUUCAACCCAACCACCUGGUUCAUUGACUUCAUGUGCUGGCUGGGGCUGGCCACUGACCGCAAACGGGCAACCAAGCCGAUGAUCGAGGCGCGGAAAGCCAGGACUGGAGAUGGCAGCGCUUGAACCUGGAUCCUCCAUCCACCGUGUCCGCCGUUGACACCUGGGUUCAUGGCUUUUGUUACUAUCGUUCUUUUGUUCAUUGAAUCACGGAAGAGGAUAGAGGGUGAGGAGACAAUGGAAUCUAUGUGGUUUGGAAAGUUUUUGUUUGUCUCAAAAUAAUGUCAAGAAACAACUCAAUGAAAAAAAUUUUUUAAGUCAAUGUAACUAUGAUUUAACAUUAGCUCGUGGACUUGUGAUUUAAAUGCUGUCGCUACAAUAUGUCAAACGUACACUGUCAUAUGCUUGUACAUGUUAACCCUGACAGGAUGAAGGAAUUUAAUAUUCUUUCAGUGUGAUUCAGGAGAGCAUUUCUUUUCUUUUCUUUUCCUUUCUUAACCCAGCAUUACUUUUAAACACACUAUCUGAAGGAGCAGAGAGGCAGGGUAGAAGACAAAAGAGGGUCUAAGAAGUCACUAAGGAAUGUUUCUGUUUUGUAAUUAGUAUACGUGUGUCUCUUGUUUUUUAAGUAAGAGAACUGAAAACUUUAAAAAGUGAGAAUACAGGAAAUGGCUCUCUUAUUUUUUGGCCCUGUUUAUAGCUUGUCAAUGCUCCACUGUCUUUGCUUCAAAAGAGAUCUGUUCACUGCCCAGCUAGCUCUGUAUCCUGAGCUGUACGCCAGCCGACCCUAUACAUCAAUGCCUGUUUAGGUGUUUGAUUUCGUUCUCUUUGCUAUUGUCAUUUUGAAGGUGUAUAACUCAGACGUGCCAGACAUCAAAUUAAGCUCAAAUUAAGCUUUCAUUUAAAUGUUUAGACACCUAAUUUAUAUUCUAAUUGAUCCCAGCCACUGAUGCAUGCACUUUAGCUACUUCUGCUAAAUAAGCGUAUUAAUUUUCCACACCAGGCCAUCAGAUCUUAAUAACCGACAGUUAUCUAGAACUCAGUGUCUACUAAUGUUUCACCUGCAUGUGGCCUUCAUUGAUUUUGCAGCAAAAUAUAAAGUGAUCAUUAUGUAGCUUCCGGAUUAAAAAAAUUUUGUGUGUUAAGUUGCCUUGUAAAGAGCAUGUUGAAUUAUCGGGACAGCGCGCCCUUUGUGUUAGAUGUUAGAGCAAAGGAAAGGCUUCUAGUGUUGGCAUCGGAGCGCUGUGAAGGUAGAUAUUUUUGGGAAAGAUGUGGGAUUUAAAAUUUUGGGAAGAGAAGUGAUGCCAAUAGAAAAUUGUCAUAAUGAAGUUCUUCAUCCAGCAGGUGUUUAACAGUGUUAUUUUGCCAUUAAUAAUGUGUAAACUAUGAGUGAUUUACAAUAAAUGAUUAUGAAUUCGUUGGUGUUCUUGACCAGAUACUUAGAUCGCAUUUAGAGAAGUCUCUCCAGGGGGCCUGAUGCUUCCUGGUGACCAUCUGAUUCACAUUUGUUUUGGGCCCUGGACUAACAACAGCCCCUAAAACCAGGUCUCUCCUCUCCCAUGGGCCUUAGGCAGAACCAGAGGGAAAGUCAGCAAGUUUUAUUUGGAAUGCAGAACCUCCAGUGGUGUCAUUUCCCAUUUCUCACUCACCAACACUGUCGCUGUACUGCUUCCAGCUGAUAAAUGGGAACCUCUACUCCUACGUGUCACCCAAAAGAGCGCUUUCCUCCCCGAGCCCCGUGAGGCCCCACCGGUGGUGACCAGAGGUGGGGGAGAUGGACUCAACUCCCACUCCAUUGCUAUCUCUCUCAGCUUCACCUCUGUGCUGCCUCAGUCUCUGCCCAUCUUUUGCCCCAAAGCGGCUGUGCCCAUGCCAUCAGAUACAGACUUCUUAGCCUGCCCACAGUUGAGUGGGAUUCCAGCCAUUGGUGGCUGCCAGACCAGAUCUCAUCUUGUAAGGAGCCUUUGGAUAUGACUGUGGCAUUUUUCAGCUGCUUCGUAUGCUAUACAUAUAUUGCUAAGACCUUGUACGGAGUGUCGGUAGCAUGCAGUUGUGUUCCAAGAUGAAUUUAUAUCAGCAUGACCUAAGAUGGCCCUGAUUGGGAAUGUUUCUGUGAACUUUUGACC